UUGGGUUUACAAGUUUAUGGAUGAAUAUAGAGAAUUCCAAAAUGACCGCAGUAACUCGUCUCAUGUUGGCAGUGGUUCUUUUCUCAAGAUGUAUAUUUUCAUCUAAAGAGCAAAAGGUGAUCUUUUUGCCGUUUUCUGGAAACACCCCUGUGUAUCUGAAACCGCAGUGGAUAUCUGUGACACAGCUCGAUAACGAACGAAAUGUCACUGUACAGUACAGUGCCAUGCAGAAUGCUCAAGUCACUUGGUAUUUAAACGGAUAUAUCGUAUCAGUAUCUGAUGAACGUUUUUCACCUGUUCAUACGAAGAAACGUCUUCGUUCACUGAAAAGAGGCAGGAGAACUGUUCGUCAAGCUUCUGUGAAAAUCCCCAACGACUACGAAAUCUCCGACCUUCGGGUGAUCCUCACCUUGAAAGUGUUCGAGGUGGAGCUACAGAUCAACAUGCCUUCUCCAAACGAAACCCGAACAGAGCCAGAGGUACACGCCAUACAGGAGAUCCUGCCGAGCUGGGGGCUUCACCUCGAGCCCCACGAGUCGGUUGGUUACACCCGCGGUGCUGACGUCACAGUGAGGUCAGUUCUCAUAUCGGAGUACCUCAAUGACGCGAUCUUCCUCGGGACCAACUUCUCCUUUACCAGCAUCGACAAAUGUACCACCCCGAUCGUCGCCUCGAUGAAAACCCCGGAGUCAGACCCAGAGUUCAUGCGGUCGUGGGUUCCUGAAGAAAACGAUCCAGCACUUGACUGGGAGACUGGUCGAUACCUGGGAAAGCCCACCUACAAAUACCGCUUCCUCCAGCUACUGCGACCCAGGGACAGGUUCCGAGGGAUCCUCACAGUGUCGACUGCGUUCAGACCAGCCGAUACGUGCCAUCUGCUGUUUGGCAGCAUCAGGAUCACCAGGUUCGCCUUCUUCAAACCGUAUCUCAGCCAGAAGUUCUUCGGCAAGGACUUGGUCGCGUUUCUUGACGGGGAGGAGUCGUACACGGCUAAAGUAGGAAGCGACGUCGACGUCAAGACCACUGCUCUGGGCGGAUUCUACGAAGGUUGGGACGUACGAGACAACGACUCGAACCCACGGAUUAAGCUGUACAAGAAUGGGUAUCCCGUGUCUGACGUAGAGCGGGUCGACACCAAGCGGCUCUUUCAGAGAGAGGUGGCGCACUUGUUCCGUAACGUGACGGUGGAGAUGGCGGGUCGGUAUCUUUGGGUGGCCGAAAUGGGUGGCAGUAAGGUGAAGCGGGGCUUCACUCUCUACGUGAAGGCUGAAUGCGGGUGAUUUUCUUUUUUUAAAAAUAAAUACAUAUAUGAAUUAUAUAUGAUUUUCAAUUAAUGAUGCUAUUAAAGAUUAGAGGACUUAUCAGCACUGUGAGUAUUUGUUGUUUUUAUAUUACAACACAAAUGAGUGAAAACGUUUGCAUUUCUAGCUGGAAGGUCCAUAUAAGUCUUUUACAAGUCCGUCGGAACCGGUAGGAAUAAACAUCCCAGAAACACUCGUGCAAGUAAAUGAAAUAUGCAAGUCUGGAUUGUAUGAAUAUUCCUAAGGAAUGAAGUUUCGAUGGGACUCCUCUUCCUGGAACUGGAAGGAAGGAAAUGUUUUAAUUAACGACGCACUCAACACAUUUAUGUACCGUUAUAUGGCGUCGGAUCCUGGA